CAAGCACCGUACUACACUGCUUCGUUGAUGUGUUUUUGUAAAUAGUUUUCUGUUAAAAUUCAUUUGUAUAAUGUGAAAUUGAGGCAGAAUUGGAGUAAUUCUAUAUAUUUAAAUGGAUAUCAUAAGAAACGAGGAUGUUUAAUCGGGCUCGAUGGCUGAUGGUCGCUAUAGCAGCAGUAUUGGCGCUGCAAUCGCGAGGUGAUGGCGGAUUCAGGCUCCCUGAUCAGCCGCCGAAAGAAGAAUCGGAUGGAAGAUCAUUGAACUUUGGUGGCGAUGACAAUGGAAGAUCGCCACAUGCGCAAGGUCGUGGUCUGCUAGACUGGAUAGGUCUAGGAGAAGACCAGGAUCCUUACAUCCAACAAUCGACUCAACAAUGUAUUAAUGGGGAUCUCGCUGAUUGCUUUAAGGCUCAAGCCUUAAGAUCGUUUGAUGACUUUUUCGACAAACAGGCUUACCAAUUAUCAGAUAAUGCAGUUUUGGUUAAAGUAGAAUCUCAAGCUAGAGCUCUAGCUAGGGAACCCCCGCAGUUAAGUUCACAACCACGAAGCGAGGACUCUGAUUGGGAUGGUCUGGUCAAAUAUGGAAUGAGAAAAGUUGAAAGGUUUCUAAGAUCGACUGCCCUGGAGUUUCAACUGGAUGAUGACGUCACAUCUAACGGUGUUAUAGCUCCAAGGUUCCUCGACGAAAUUGCCGAUGAAGUUGACAUAAUUGAAGACAAGAAAGCACCCCCAUUCCGACGUCAUAAGCUGAAGAAACUAAUCAUUCCAAUGUUGCUAAUCCUUAAGCUGUUCAAGCUUAAAUUACUCUUGUUCCUCCCUCUCAUCCUUGGCCUCGCAAGUUUCAAGAAAUUCCUAGGAUUUAUGGCUCUUAUAAUUCCAGGUGUCAUUGGCUACUUCAAAUUCUGCAAGCCCAACCUUUCGUCUCCAUUCUCGUCAAGUCAUUACAAUGGUCCUCAAUAUUCUCCAGCUGGUAUUGGCUUGAGCCCUUACAGAGAAGGUCAUGGACCUUCAAAUUACGGACAUUAUGAGAAUUAUGCUGGUAACCAUUACAACAAAUACGGUACAAACGGUGUAGCGUUUAGGGAACAUGAUCAGAGUCCUCAAGAUCUCGUAUAUCAAGGCUGGGAUUUCAGAAACAAGAAAGGUGCUGAAGACAUCAAGGCUGAAGAAGCUUAAGAUUGGUUUACUGUUACCAAUUAAUGUCAAUGAAACGUUAAAUAAAAACAGGAACAAAUGAUAAACGGUUCGCUGUAUAAAUACGAACAUUUCAAUACUAAUACAGUGGCCAUGUAAAAAUAAUUCCAUGAAUAUUAAUUAGAUACUAUUGUUGCACAAAUAAACAUUACAAUAAUUAAUAUUAUUUUUAUAUUUGAAUUAAUUUAAAUAUACCAUCGAAUGAAGUAAGUUUCGAUUCAAUAUUUUAUUGUAAAUAGAAAUAUUUAGAACUAAUUUAAAGUCAUUGCUUU